CUAAUAAUUCUGUGUUUCUAUCGAGUUAUAGCAACACGAUUUUUAACCAAUCAGCGCACGUCUUUUCAUAGGGUUGUUUUCUAAAUGAUAAUAGCGACAUAAGCAUAAUCGUUUUAUAUUUAUGCUUAACGAAGGAAAAGAUGGCAAUGUUAUUCAGUUACGACGCAGCAUUAGGGUACAAACAGAAGUCGCUCUCCGUUCAAAAGGUGGACGGCAAAAAGUUCAUUGAGACAGAAAUUUGCCCUCAAGCUGGAGACACCAUCUUGGAUUUAGGUUGCGGUACAGGAGAGCUGUCUGUAUAUCUCGCUGAGCUUGUAGGACCCGAGGGAAAGGUUGUAGGUGUUGAUCCUGACAAGGAAAGAAUUCUACUGGCUCAGCACUCUUACAAUGAUAUCAAGAAUCUCUCAUUUGUGGAAGGAAACUCUUCAAACUUCCCAGGAAUUGACUCUGAGUCAUACGACAUUAUCUUCUGCAAUUAUGUCAUCCACUGGAUUCCUGACAAACAAGAACUCUUCAACAAUAUGUUUGAAAGUCUAAAGCGAGAAGGGAAAAUAGCCUUUCAGUACGUUGAUUAUAUUUGUCCUUUUGUAUCCAGCGCUCUCAAGGAACUUAAUCCCGAGAACGCUGAGAAAAUUUUUGAGAUGUUCCAUUGCGAAGAGAGGCCCAAGAUUGAGCAAUACUGUUCCUCCGCCGGAUUUCGCAUCACUGAGAGUUACGACACCCAUAGCACACAGCAGGUUUUCCAAACCAUUGACAGCCUUCUAAACUGGCUUUGGUCGUCAACACAUGGUGCUUUUGAUCCUAAGCUUGUAACCGAAGAGCGUUUGCAGAAAUAUCAUCCGUACUCAAGCCGAGAUGGUAAACCUCCGUUUGACUUCAGAGGAAGCAAGGAAGAAUCGCGUGUUUGUCGACUGGUAGCUGUCAAGCAAGGGCCUAGAGAGGUAGAAACAGUCCAGAAACACUCUCAGACUUAAUGCUAUAUCUAAAUUUUCGCUCCUAGUGAUCAAAGGAAGAACAAGAGAAUCUGGUGUUUUCUUUGCAUGCGUUUAACCUGAGGAUUCGCGAACGCCCUCGACUUAAACAACAACUUGUUUUAUUUGCAUGUCCAUACUGAUACAUACAGUGCUGCAAAAGCUUUUGUAAACUAAAACUACAAUAAUAAUGGUACGUUAUACUGAACAUAAAAGAAGGUUAUGAUGUAGCAAUCUAGUUAUAUCGGUUUGAUUUAUUAAAGAAUAUGCGUUGAUCAAAGCAAGAUAAAGUGAAUUACUGGCAAGGAAGAAUCGUGUGUUUGUCGACUGGUAGCUAUCAAGCAAGGAAGAGAUAGAAACAGUCCAUAAACAUUCUCAGAUUUAAUGCUAUAUCCUAAUUUUUAACCCGAGUGAUCCGAAAUGACUACAACGUAACACGAAACACGAAGGACAAGAGCAUCCGUGAUGCUUUUUGCAUGAUUCUAACGUGAGGGUUUGCGAAGGCCCUCGACUUUAACAACAAAAGUGCGUCAUUUGCAUGUCCCAGUAAGGAUACACACAGUGUUGCAAAAGCUUUUGUGAAAUGAAACUAAAACAAUAAUUGUUAUCGUAAGAAUUUGAUGAUGUAGCAAUCAAGUUACAUCGGUUUGAUUUAUUAAAGAAUAUGCGUAGGUGAAAGCAAGAUCAAAUAAAUUAACAUAAUGAUUUGUAGAAGUCAUAAGUUUG